AUGAGUAAUAUUGAAAAUUUUGAAGAUUUCCAAACUACUUUGGAUUCAUUCAAAGACUUAAAGUCUGGUAUAUCUGGUUCCCGUAUUAAGAAAUUAACUAGUUAUGCACUUGAACAUGUCGCAGAUGAAGAUCAAUUGAUGAACUCAAUUAUUACGUAUGCUCGUAAUUGCAGUAAUACUCAUAAAUUGGGAUCUCUAUAUAUUAUUGAUUCUAUCGGUAGAAUAUACCUUGAUGAAGCAAGAGCUAAAGAUCAAUUUAUUAAACCAACAGCUCCUUUGGGAUCUUAUGCUCAUGGUGUUUACACCUUAGGUGAAGCUAUACAAGAAUUAUUAGUAGAUGGUAUUAAUAAAAGUGAUGAAGAUCACAAAGAGAAAAUACGUAUGUUAAUUGAUAUUUGGGAUAGAUCCGGUCUAUUCCAAAAAGGUUAUUUAAAUGCUGUAAGAGCCAAAUGUUUUAGCAUGGAGGCUCCAACAAAACCAACAACACAUUUAUCUUCUGUAACAGGUGACUCUGGAGAAGAAUUUCCAGAUGAUCCAAAGGAGAGAGCUCAAUAUAUCUUGUCUAACAUUCAGAAAUAUGACACCUCAAAAUUACCACAAUUAGUCGUACCGAGUUUAAUUACCUCUUCAGAUCCCGUUGAAAGACAACAAGCUUUAGAACAACUGUUGAAAGAAAUGAACAACAAAUUCAACAACAUUGAUGAGCAAAAUAUUGAAGAAGAAAAUCUUAACAAUAAGGUUCAUGUUCAUAGAACCACAGAAUAUGGUAGCAGACGUGAAAGAGAGAAACAAUCAAGAAGUACAAGAUCUAGAUCUCCAAGAAGAGAUGAACCACAAGCUUAUUCAAACCAAAAUAGCAAUAAUAUGAGGCAUGGCUCUGACACUACAAACUAUGGUGGUUUGAGACCUAACCAAAGUUUUGGUGCGAAUAAUCAUCACUUAUAUCCAGAAGAAGCCAAUGUCCCAGCUAACCCUCAUCAUCGUCCAAAACCAAUUAGUUAUGACAACACACUUCCACCUGAUACUAUUAAAGUAUAUUCAAGAACUUUAUUUAUUGGUGGUGUUCCAAUGCAUAUGAAAGAAUGGGAUUUAGCUAGUUUAUUAAAACCAUACGCUGAAGUUCAAAGCGUUAUUUUGAAUCAUAAUAGAAAACAUGCAUUUGUGAAAGUUUAUUCAAGACGUGAAGCUGAAAAUGCUUUCAUGAAUUUUAACAGGGAUGGUGCUUUAGCAUUAAGAACCCGUUGGGGUGUUGGGUUUGGACCAAGAGAUUGCUGUGACUAUCAAAGUGGUAGUAGUAACAUUCCACUUCAUAGAUUAACUGAUGCGGACAAAAAAUGGUCCGUCGAAGCUGAAUGGGGUGGUACUGGUGGCCAACCUUUAGUUCCUGGUAUUGCAUUUGAAGAACCCGAUAUUGUAGUAGGUGAAGGUGUUUCGUCAAAAUCUAUGUCACAAAAGAUGCCAACUGAUAGUAAUGCCAACGGACCAACUUCCAAUAGCAUGCAGUAUAAAGCAGUACCUCCUCCUCCACAAAAUAUGUACGGUAACAUGCAGCAAAUGCCUCCUCAAGGGAUGUAUGGUGCACCUCCACCACCUCCACAAUUACAACAAGGCCAAGUCGAUAUGUAUAAUAAUAAUAUGAUUUCUCAACCACCAAAUGGAUAUCCACCACAGAUGUCACCACCUCCUGCUCCUCAAGGCACAAGCUAUCCAAUGCAAGAAAACAAUCCUCCUGUUCAAAAUCAAAAUAAUGUUGACCCAACUGCUCAAUUAAACUCUUUGAUGAGUAUGAUCAACCAACAGCAGCAGCACUAA